AUGGACUUUAUGGGUAUUGUAAGCUAUUUUUGGAAGACAACACCGAUAUUACCUAAAUAUAUUAUAAAUCGAAAUGGUAUAAAUGAACUAACAUUAGGGAUCGAUUGUUCAUGGACAGUCACACAUUUACGCGUACUAUUAACUGAACGAUUAUCUGAUCUAUCAGAAAAUGAACAGUUUAUUCAUUCUAAUGGCGCACCAAUACAUAUACUUGAUGAACAAGAUACAAUAGUCAACGAACUUCUACUUGAAAAUUCAAAUAUUAUUUCACUUAAAUCUAAAUUAUCAAGAGAACUCUUACCAGCUACGAAUUCAACGACUUUAGUUCAGAAUAGAACAACGGAUAUGAGUUCCCAUCUUCAAUUAUCAGAACGACAAUAUCAACAAACAAUACCUAGCACAGCAUCACCAAUAAUCUCACCCUCUAAUAUUACUAUAACAAUUAAAGAUAAUUAUAAAAUAAAAUCCAUAUUAUUAUCUCAUUUAUUGUCAAAUGCUACGUUAGAAAUAGAUAAUAGUAAGAUAUCUCCUACUGACAUGAAAUUAAUUGUCUCUUCUUUAAAGCAAAAUAAAACUAUCAAGGAGUUAAAAAUUAUAUCUGGUUGUGGACAUGUUAUUGAAAUUCUUGUCGAAGUUCUAAAAGCUAACACAAAACUAACAAGUCUUGAUAUUUCACUCGGUAUGAACAAUGCUGAAUGUAGUUUGACUGCUAAUGCAUUAAUGAUGAAUCAUACUGUACAAAAAUUAAGUCUGAGUCGAAAUGCCAUAACAUCUACAGGAUGUAAAACAAUUGGUCAAAUGUUAAAAUCAAAUAAAACAUUAACAUAUCUAAACAUUUGUCGAAAUAAACUUUAUGAUGAUGGAAUCAAAUUCAUUUGCGAUGCUUUAUUGACAAAUCAAACAUUACGUCAGCUCGACAUAUGCCAAACAAAUAUGUCUUCCAAUGGAGUUCAACUAGUUGGACAAAUGUUACGAGUAAAUCAAACUUUGACAUUGAUUGAUAUCAGUGAUAAUAAUAUCGGCGAUAAUGAUAUUACUGUAAUCGCAAAUGCACUCAAAUUUAAUAAUACAUUGACUGAAUUAGAUGUUAAAUGGAAUCAAAUUACUGAAAAAGGUGCAUUGGCAUUGAUUGAUACAUUAGCAACUAAUCGAACUUUAACGACUGUUAAACUUCAAUUUAAUAAGAUGCCGGAUGAUGUGCAAGUAUUAGUUAGUCGAAAAGCUCCACAAUUAAAAACAACCGGUCUGGGUCUAUGUUCAAUUUUAUGA